GUCUCGUCAGGACCAGUACUGGGCCAGUGGCGGCACAUGCAAAGUUCCUGGACGGACAGCAGAACGCGAAAAUGCCAGCAUUUGUGCAAGCUCGCUCGGAAGUGUGAGACUGAUCCUGAAAUUCCAUCAGUUUCGCCCCUGGUUCACCUGGAAUUCACCCUCGCCGCUUUCAACCAUUUUUGAGAUCUCCAAAGGCGGAACUCGGAACAGGCUGUGGGAAUCUUCGCGGCCAGCCAAAAAAUUACGAGUGGCCAUCAGCAGUUCAUGUGGAUGAGUCGACCUGCAAGAGAUGGAGGCCUUCAUCGUCGCGAUGCAACCGAGUCGCAAUCUCACAUUGCAGAUGGUGCCGUGAGGGGGAAUGCAGCAUUGAUAGUGAGCAGCUCAAAGCGGAAAAUGGCGGACACAUCAGCACAAGAUGCGAGGCUGUCUGGCCGAGGCGCCAGCACGACGAGCGGCGAUGUGUUCCGUAAUGUUCCCAUUGUCCUCAAGACCUCCAUCCCCGGCGCUUCCAUCCCCUUGACGCCGUACCUCGUCCCGACCUCGUGGCGCCGGACGCACCUGUCCACGCUCGUCAACCGCGUCUUGCGCACAUCCACUCUCCUCCCGGGCCAGGAAGCCGAGUGGCAGGAUGGUGCAACUGCAGUGCCAUUUGACUUUAUCGUCGACGGGCAGCUCCUCCGCAAUAUCUCCCUCGGCGAAUACCUCGAACGGAGCAGCAAGGAUGCUGAAAUCACCCUGGAGCUGGAGUACAUCCGCAGCACCCUGCCGCCGCGCUUUGAGAACCAGAUUCCCCAGGAUGACUGGGUAGGCAGCGUCGAUGCCAGCCGCUCUGGGCUCUUCCUCACAUCCUCCUAUGACGGCACUGUGCGCAUCUUUUCGCACACUUCCACCUCCACGCCGCUCUACAGCUUGAAAGCGGCGCCGGCCGGCACGUCCAAUCCCGCGCUCUCCUCAGCCGCGUGGCUGCCGCCCCCUGCUGUGGGCGCAGAUGCGUCCUCCUUCGCCUCUCGCCUCGUCACAGCUGGCAUGGACGGAAUCGUGCGCUUGUUCGAGCUGCCUACUGAAGUGCUGCAGCUCCGCGAUCCGACCGCUGGUGCUGGUGCAGCAAGCAGGAAAGCGCGCAUGCUCUGGUCCGGCGCACUGCAUGCGCCAGGGUCAACAGCAUCAUCCAGCUCGCUGAGCGGCGGCUUGGCCGUGCAGCCGCUGUCCUCAGUGACGGCUAGCGCCGAUGGGCGAUACAUCCUCAGCGCCGGCUGGGACGGCUGCGUGGGUGUCUGGGAUGUCGCGGCCGGGUUGAGCGCCAAGCCAGGCUCGGUCAUGGACGUGGACGUAGACGAGUUCGACACGGAAGCGCAGCGCGCACCGGACGUAGAGCGCGAGGCGGACGAACACGACGACGAAGGAAACAGCGACGAGGACGACGCGACACGCCGCAAGCGCCGAAAAGCGAUGAGCGGCAAGCGCACGCGCGCGCUGCACAGCGCAGCGAUGGGCGGCUCGCAUCGACCCGAGCUCAUCUUGCGACACACGACGCCGCUACACGCCGCCGCCACUGCUACUGCUGCUGCUGGUGGCAGCAGCGCUCCUGCGCUCGUGCCCGGGUCCAGUGCAAAAGUCGCGAGGGCGAUCUUCGACAGUAGUGCUGCCUCGUCUUCCUCUUCGGUAGGGUCUGGUGCCGCGUCGCGGAAGGUCUUCUCAGCAGGCUGGAACGGCAGCGUAAAGUACUGGGACAUCGAUGCCGGCGGCCUCCUGCUAUCGACAAAGUCUUCGGACAAGGUCAUUAUGGACGUUACGCAGCUGACGAGCGCCUCGGCUUCGUCGAGUGCCGGUCUGCUCGCGACGGCACACAUAGACCGGUCAAUCGGGCUGUGGGACUUCCGCUCUUCCUCAACCGCAAGCAGCAGUAUCGUCCUGCCGAUCGCCAACGCCCACACUGGCCCUGUCAACGCCGUCGCGGCGCACCCUAUCUCGGGGCACCUGCUUGCUAGCGCAUCGCUCGACGGCAGUGUGAAAGGCUGGGACGUGCGCAGCAGCAAGCAACCGCUCUUCACCCUCACAUCUCCCCCUCCGCCGCUGUCUGCAUUGGGUGGAGCCAAUGCGGCCAAGGCGAUAAACGCGCCGACACGGUUGCUCUGCGUUGACUGGAUGCAGGACGGCCAGGGCAUCGUAGCGGGCGGUCAGGAUUGCAGGAUCAGCGUCUGGCGUGGACAAGGGAUUGGCUCGCAGGAACUCAAACCCCUCACGGAGUAUGACCGCCCCUGAGAGGCAUGAUUGUAUGGAAGUACACACCCUGCGAACAUUUCAUGUCUCGUUGAGG